ACGUAGGUUAUUUCUGCCCACCAUCAUCGCCAAAAUGCCAUUGUCUGUCAUCAAAGCCACCUGUCUGAGCCUGGCCAUCCUGCUCCUCCUUGGUCGAUGUGUAAAAAGCUUAAUUGUUCCAGAAGAACUCCCGACUAUAUUGUCAUUGAUAUAUUCCAACAUUCCACCGAUUAAAAAAGGAACUGAUUCUAGAAUCGGUGUAGGCUUCAGACUUGGUGAACAUGCAGAUUUCCAAGUCCUCUUGGAAUAUGGACCACAAAAAGAAACCGAUCCUAUUAGAACUGAUACCAAAAGGAAAAGAGCAGCCCUAAUGUCGGCUGCUCUAAAAGGCAAUAUGGGUCCAUUAGUUCAAGCUGUUGCCCAGUACCAAAUGGAAUCAAAAAUAAAACAGCUAUUAGAAAAGUACAAGGUCAAUUCUGAAUUGAAAACAACUGAUGAUACAUCGAACAAAGUAAAUCAAAAGACUGAAGGAAGCGAUUGGCUCUCGAAAUGGAGCCAAGAUGUAACGGUAAAUUCAGAUGACCCAUUCUUGGUUGAAACGUAUCCUCGAAAAACCAUGCCAAACGUUAAUCGUAUGAAAGUAGUGAGUAGUCAAACAAGUGGUGAUAGUCGGAAAGCUGAAGAUGCCCAGAAAGAUUUAAUGACAUUAAAAAAACUUUUUGGACAAAAAGAAAAUGAAGAAAUCGGUGUUGGUACGAUUUAG